CUUGCGAGCUUUACGUCGUUGUGCGUCAACUCCCCAGUCCCCCCACCAUCACUGUUCUACAGAGGAAGAAAGGGGGAGACGGGCAACCUGUAUUGAACGCUUUCACACAAAUAUGAGCGGCAGCGGGCGGCCCAGGACCAGCUCAUUCGCUGAGCCUCCCGGAGCUCCCGGGUCCGCUGCAGCCGGUGCCGGAUCAGCAGUAGCCGGUGGAAGCUCGACAGGAAAAACUGGGGCUUCACAAGCCAGUGGAAGCACCUCGACGAGCUUUGGGAAUUUGAAACUGCCUAGAGACAGCGGCAAAGUGACGACCGUGGUAGCCACACCCGGCCAGGGCCCUGAUCGCCCACAGGAAGUGUCUUACACAGACAUAAAGGUUAUAGGAAAUGGCUCCUUUGGAGUGGUCUACCAGGCUCGCCUCAUCGAAAGCCAGGAGAUGGUGGCGAUUAAGAAAGUUCUCCAAGACAAGAGGUUUAAGAAUAGGGAGCUGCAAAUUAUGAGGAAAUUGGACCACUGCAACAUAGUCAGGCUACGUUACUUCUUCUACUCCAGCGGAGAGAAGAAAGAUGAGGUGUAUUUGAAUCUGGUGCUGGACUACGUUCCUGAGACAGUGUACAGGGUGGCUCGGCACUUCAACAAGGCCAAGACCACCAUCCCUAUCAUCUAUGUUAAGGUGUACAUGUACCAGCUGUUCCGCAGUCUGGCUUAUAUCCAUUCCCAGGGCGUGUGUCACCGAGACAUCAAGCCCCAGAACCUCCUGGUGGACCCAGAGACUGCCAUCCUCAAACUCUGUGACUUUGGCAGUGCAAAGCAGCUAGUUCGGGGGGAGCCGAAUGUGUCCUAUAUCUGCUCACGGUACUAUCGUGCCCCGGAGCUCAUCUUUGGUGCCACCGACUACACGUCCAACAUUGACAUCUGGUCAGCCGGCUGUGUGCUGGCUGAGCUGCUGCUAGGCCAGCCCAUCUUCCCCGGGGACAGUGGUGUGGACCAGCUAGUAGAGAUCAUCAAGGUUCUGGGGACACCAACAAGGGAGCAGAUCAGGGAGAUGAACCCUAACUACACAGAGUUCAAAUUCCCACAGAUCAAAGCACACCCUUGGACAAAGGUGUUUAAGCCUCGUACCCCACCAGAGGCCAUCGCCCUCUGCUCUCGACUGCUGGAAUACACGCCGGUGACCAGGCUGUCUCCCCUGGAGGCAUGUGCGCACGCCUUCUUUGAUGAGCUGCGCCAGCCCAACACCCGCCUGCCCAGUGGACGAGAACUGCCCCUCCUCUUCAACUUCAGUCCCAUCGAGCUGUCUAUCCAGCCCCAGUUGAACUCCACACUCAUUCCUCCUCACGCUCGUGCACAGACAUCGCCUGCCUCACAUGAGGGCAGUGUGUCAGACAGUUCCGCCCAGCCCAGCUCAGCACCUGGGUCCAUCAACAACAGCACCUGAGCAUCCAUCCCUCUGUCAUCCUUUCUUUUAGUCUUCCCCCUUUUCCUUUUCUCUCCUCUGCUCUUCUCCCUCUCAACCUUCCUCCUGGCUCCAAACUCUUAAGAUAGAAAAGGAAUAACUAUACACACCCACACAAACACAGCGUUGCUGUUAUCCCUGAUUUUUAACCAUUUUCAAUAGAAAGCGAUUUCUGUGUGUGUUAGCUUCAGGGAGGGAGUGGGGUUGUUUUAGGGACAUUUAGGUAGCCAAGCUUGGGCUAACUUUAAGCUGCAGUCCAUGUGGCCCUUGUCUGGCCUGUUAAAUAAAGAAACUUUAUUUGGUUGCGUAGGAAGUUUGGAGAUGAGGAGGGGGGUUGUACAUGUUAUGUGGAUUUUCUGUAUUAUAAUCUACAGUUGACUUUUAUCCCUCUUUUAUGUUCAUUUUAUUUGCAUUAGCUAAUUUUAUGUGUGGCCGUGGUGCCAUUGAAUGGGGGUCCUGAUUGGCUACAGAGUUGAGAAUGAGGGCCACGUCUAAGGCCUGACGAAUAUUGACAAUCAUCCUUAGAAGGGUCAAAAAUGGCACACUUGUACAACACAGUGUUUGAUCGUACAACACACUGUUUAGACUGGUGUCUUUUGUCAUUUUCUACCCUGAACUCAUACUCAAGUAUUGUCAGUUCACCCAGCCCAAUGGUGAACAAAUGUGAAGACUUUUUUAAAAUCUCCCAGUUUGAUACCAGACAGAACAUAUUGGCUGAUUUUUCAUUGUCAUUUUAGAUAAGAGGUGGUUUUAAAUUUUAUUACAAAGGGGGGCACCACAGCCUGUCUUUACAGUUCCUUUUUGAAUAUUAGCUCCUCAACUGCCUUUUAUGUGAAUGCGAGGGAGCUUUAUACGAGCAGAGUGCACAUCUUCAGUUUCUUCAGUAUAAGCUCUUGUUUUCAUUGGUUAAGCUGGAAACCAAGCGUUUCAUGUUAAUUAAUUUUCAAGUGAGUAUUGCACAUCUCCAAAGGGAGUAGAGGGGAAGCAAAGGGGCGAGUUACGUGUCCUGUCCAGCUGUUAAUAUAACUUCACACAGAGGGAGCCGUUGGUUUGGGUCUCCAGUUGCAUCUUAUCCAGAAGCCUCAAUGUGUCUCAUAAACACAGCUGCCCAGCACUGUAGGGUGCAUAGUCCCCUCACUAAUUAUGUCACUUUGCGGUGUUAGGUUUCAUAUUAGCUUUAUUAUGGUGACAUCAGGUGCAGAGGGCACAGAGAGACUACUGGCCGCUUUCACUGCUCACCUGGCUCGUCAUUGUCAUUUCAGAUAGUAUACACAGUUAUUGUUUGUGCAGGGGGAGGAGUAUGAAUGAAUUGUCUUUGGUUUGUGAGAGAUUUGUUUAAAACCCUCUCUGCCCCUUCCCAAACAGCCUACCUGUGACACUCAUAUCAUGUUCUUCUUGUCCUGUGAUGAUGCUAGGAACUGAUCUUGAAUGAUGUACGCAGCCGCUGUCCGCAUGGACUAGUUUUCAUUCUUCCACCACGCAAAUGUGCAUGUUCAGCCCAAGUUGACCACACUGUUACUUCCACUAAUCUCAGUAAUAAUCUGACCAGAAAUGAUGCUCGAACCCCUGAAACCCAACAGCUUUUGGAGCCUCCCCUUCCAUAUCUUUUUGUCCUCAUCCCCUCUGCCUUCUCUUUCCCUCUUUCCUCCUCCUUUUUUCACUGCUAAACUGUAAAUAUCAAGUACCUUUUAUUUUAUUUUGUUAUUUUUGUUAUUAUUGUUAUUAUAUUGUUGUUCUUGUAAUUUUUUUUUUUUCUCUCUAGUAGACCGGCUCAACAGCGGCCGGACUGUUUAUCCUCAGUCGCAGUCUGUAAAUACGAUUUCAUUUCAGUCCCUGGUUCAGGAGGGGAAACACAGAACAAAAUGUUUCAUUUAUUCUCUCUCCCUCCAUUUCUCUCUUUACGACUUUCCCUUUUCCCCCAUAAAUGUUGUCAUAACUGUUUUAUUUAUUGUAUUGUGUUUUUUGGAAGGGGACGGGGAUCUUUUAUUUUCCACUCGGGUGGUAAAAUUGAAGGUUUGUUUGUUUGUUUUUUUGGGUCGUUAUUGUUUUCCCAAAUGUUUUGUCCAGCAAUGUCACAUGCAAAACAAUUUCACAUCCAAGAUACUGUACUCAAAUCCAGACGUCGGUGUGUGUGUGUGUGUGUGUGUGUGUGUGUGUGUGUGUGGCACAUGCUAGCCAACAGGUGGAAAUCCAGUUUUCCAUUUAACUUCAAUGUGAAGGGAAUGUUACAAGCUUCUGGGUUUAUGGAGGUCGCGAUGUUGGGAGGGAUCACCUGGUGUGUCUGUCUGUCUGUCUGUCUGUCUGGAGGAGAGGGGAAAUAAUGAAUCUGUCCACUGACAUGUAUCAUCUCCUGUGUCCGACCGUGUCUGUUUUCGCUUCCUGUGUGUCGUAUGAGUGUUAACAGGUUUGACCUGUUAGUACAAGUGUGUAUGCUUCACAGAUAACUUAGCUGCAGGGAAUGUAUGUGUGCUGGCAGACCAUGGACAUUGUUCUCUGUACUCCUGACUCCUUCCUAAAUGAAGAGCUGACUAAAUGUGCUAUUUUAAUGUUUUUUUUCCCCCCUCCUUCUGAUCUGUCACACUUUGUUUUUAAUUUGCUGUGAGCCUGCUCUUUUAUCAGCCUUGUCUGAGGGUAGAAUCUCAUGGUUGGGAACAGAACGGUUGGAUUAAGGAGAUGAUGAAGAGAGAGGGAUGGUGGGAGAGAGACAGUUUUUGUUUGUUGGUAUAAAUAAUUAAACUCAUUAAUAAAGUGAUGAAACUGU